AUGAAUAGCUACAAACUAAUAAAAACAUAGUCGGACAAUAACACUAAUGGUGAAGAUGAAUCUACUAGACAUCUUAGUGAGUUAACAGAUACAAAAAUAUCAUCAAUUAAAGUGUCACCUGUUACUCCUAUUAAUUUUCUAAGCCUCAGAGAGAGAUUUGGAUAGAUUUCGGAUUAAUAUCCAUUGCCAAUUAAAUUCUAAUAAUUAUUAUAAACAAUGAGAAAUAUUGAGUAAACGUAUUGGAAAAAGAGAAAACCACUUACAUAUGAUAUUAAAACUAAUGCCAUUAAAAUUUUAUAAAUUGGAUAAUUGUUAAAACUUGAUAAAGAUUUAUACGAGAUAAAGAUUGUUAAUAAAUCUAUUGAAUUAAUAUUGAAUGACAUUCCUUCAGAAAAUUUGCCAUAAUUUUAGCCUUUUCAAAAUUAGCUACCAGCUAUUUUUGAAAAAAGAAUUGAAUCAAUAAGAAAUAAAUUAGACAAAUUAGUAUAAGAAACACAUGAAAAUUAUUUGAAAUUGAUUGAAUAAGAAAGUUUUCUUGAACACUCAAAAGAGUUUAAGAUUUAUUUUCCAACUUUUGAUUUAAAUCUUGUAUAGGAUAUUGCUCCUAUGCAAUUACCAUUUUAAAUAUAUUCUGAUGAGUAGAGAGAUUAAAUUUAAUAAAUUGUUGAAAUAACAAUUAAGUAUUUCAAUUAAAGAUCUGUCUCAUUUGUAUUUUAUAAUAACUUAGUAUAACAUUUACUCAAUAAAAUACCUAUGAGUAAAGAAUUAAUGGAGAAAUCAUUGAUGUUUUUAAUUAAAAUACAGCCAGAUUUCUUGUAAAUAACUAAUGCAAAAAAAGAGCAAUAGAAAAGUAAGUGGAUUGUGUAAAUUAAUAAAAUGAGUACAGAAUUAAAAUAGAUUGAAUCAUUGAAGGCUUAUUUCUAUUGA